AUGGGACGGAGUUGCAUGGAGAGAAGUUUCCUCCUUUCCCACAGCGUGGAGUUGCCAGGGAACCUGCUAGCGCUUAACUCUCGCCUUAUCGCAUCUCCUGCCUUUCGAGGGAUUUUACACUAAAUAUCUCGUUUUUGCCUUUUCUGCAUAUUUCACCUUUGAGAAAUGGGACUUGGGUUUUGCUUUGGUUGCAAUCACUUUAUCAAUGGACUGAGUUAGAGAAACGGAGUGUGCGAGCUGUGUGCUCCACUGAGCACCCCCCUUCCCACCCCGCACAACAGGUUUGAAUUCUGAUUCAUUGCCAAGACCACGCUAUUGGCGCUUCAGCUUAGACACACUUGAGUGCACCUUCAUUUCCUAGGAACAUGGUAGACUGUUUGAUUGUAUCUUUACGAUUGGUUAGCUCGAUUGUUUUUUUAGGAGUUCAGCUGGUUGUCUCCCAGCAGUCCAUUGAUCACAGAAAGGUUCCACAGAGGAUAGAGAAGCAAAGUGACACGGCAGAAAAUAUUACAACAGUGCCAUCUGGCACCUGGGGAACUUGGGGUCCUUGGUCAGCUUGCUCUAGAAGUUGCAGUGGAGGUGUUAUGGAACAAACCCGGCCAUGCCUUCCAGCCCAUUACCAGCAAAGAAGCUUCCAGGCCCCCAGCCAGCAGUACUCAACUGGAGAAAGAACUCACAGCAACCAGAAUAAUCUUCAUCAUGACACUGUAAUUAAUCCUUAUGCUGGACAUGUUGUGUCAGCCAUCCGGACAUCCAUACCCCUACACAGAAGAGGGGAAAAUCCACAAUUCAACAUUCAAUCUUCAGGAGAUUUAAGUCAAAAUCAUCAUAACAGAGGAAUACUGAGGGGAGGCAGACAGCCGCUGAUACCAGGGCAUAUUCCUAGGCAUGAAAAAAGAAACAGAACCCGAGGUCUAAUAAGUCCAGGAUCCUAUGGGUAUGGAAAAGUGCCGUAUGGAUUGCCACUACAAAGGGAUACAGGUCAGGAGGCUCGGAGAACCCGGAGGCAGCGUCAGUCAGUUCGCCAGUCUACUUAUAAACAGAGUACAGAUGCACUAGUUAACCAGCGGCAGGCCACCUAUUCACAAGUGUCCUCAGUACCCCAGGGCUUAUACCCAGAUAUUUCCAGACAUGGGUUGGCAUCCCUCCAGCUAUUGCAGGAGAAACCGCAAGUGCCACGUGGGGCCACAGCAAUAACAUGCAUUGGACCCUACAAACAGUACAAGCUGUGUAAUAAAAAUCUGUGUCCUGGGAGCAACAGAGGCAUCAGAGAAGUGCAGUGUGCAUCCUAUAAUAACAAACCCUUUAUGGGGAGAUUGUAUGAAUGGGAACCAUUUACAGAAGAAAAAGGUGCAUUAAAGUGUGAGCUGACUUGCAGAGCUGUGGGCUACAGGUUCUACGUGAGGCAAGCUGAGAAGGUUAUAGAUGGAGCACCUUGUGAUGACAAUGGCACGGCUGUUUGUGUUUCUGGUCAGUGUAAGAACAUUGGCUGUGAUGACUAUUUGGGGUCAGAUAAAGUGCUUGACAAAUGCGGCGUCUGCGGAGGAGAUAACACAGCUUGUAAAGUAGUCUCCGGAGUCUUCAAGCAUGUAUUAAUAAAAGUAGGGUACCAUAAAGUUGUGGAAAUUCCAGAAGGUGCCACAAAAAUAAAUGUGACAGAGAUGACAAAAAGUAACAACUAUUUAGCCCUACGCAGUCGAUCGGGCAGAUCAAUCAUCAAUGGAAACUGGGCAAUUGACAGACCUGGCAGAUAUGAAGGAGGUGGAACCAUGUUCACAUAUAAGAGACCGAAUGAAAUUUCAAGCACUGCAGGCGAAUCAUUUUUAGCUGAAGGCCCCACAAAUGAGGUUCUUGAUGUUUAUAUGAUACAUCAGCAGCCAAACCCUGGAAUUCAUUAUGAGUAUGUUAUUCCAGCAGAAAAUGCCAUCAGCCCUCAGCUACCUCCUCAUCGACGACCAGUUGAACCAUUUAAUGGCCAGUUAGAAGAAACCUCAGACCCUACUGAAAAUGGAGAUUCCUUUAGUGAAAUAGACACUGAAUCUUUUCCUGGUAGACAUCCUGGGAGAUAUCCUUCACAUCAGCCAGAUAACCAAGUACUUCCAUUACAACCACCCAGGCGAAGCCGAGACUUCAACUGGAAACAAGUGGGGUCAACGGAAUGUUCAACUACGUGUGGGAAAGGGUCCCGCUACCCAGUGUUUCGCUGUGUAAACAGAAAUACACAUGAAGAGACAGCAGAUGGUUUCUGUGAUGCCAGUGCCAAACCAAGUGCAGAAGAGGAGCCUUGCAAUCUCUUUCCUUGCCCAGCCUUCUGGGAUAUAGGAGAGUGGUCUGAAUGCAGUAAAACCUGUGGUCUGGGAAUGCAGCACCGACAAAUCCUGUGCAGACACAGCUACGCUAACCGCACUCUAACAGUACAGCCACACCGCUGCCAGAGCCUAGAGAAGCCAGAGACCACCAGUACGUGCCAACUAAAAAUCUGCAGUGAAUGGCAAAUAAGGACAGACUGGACACCUUGUUCAGUGCCCUGCGGGGUGGGACAGAAGACCCGUGAUGUUAAGUGCAUUAGUAACAUUGGGGAUAUUGUUGACGAUGAGGAGUGCAACAUGAAGCUACGUCCAGAUGAUAUUGAGAACUGUGACAUGGGUCCAUGUGCAAAGAGUUGGUUCCUUACAGAAUGGAGCGACAGGUGCUCUGCAGAAUGUGGAGAAGGUGUGCGGACACGGUCUGUGGUAUGCAUGUCCAACCAUAUAAGCAGCUUGCCUUUAGAAGGGUGUGGGAACCACAGACCUCCUGAAACUACAACAUGCAAUAACGGACCUUGUGAGGGCAAAGUAGAGUGGUUUAUGGGGAGUUGGAGUCAGUGUUCUGUGGAAUGUGGUACUGGGACACAGCAGAGAGAUGUCAUUUGCAUAAAAAAGACAGCUGAGGGUUUCAACGUAGUGAAUCCAAAUGAAUGUUCCUAUUUGGAACGACCCCCUAACCAACAAUCCUGCCACCUCAAAUCCUGUGGAGCAAAGUGGUUCUACACUGACUGGAGUACAUGCUCUAAAUCUUGUGAGGGGGGAUUUCGAAUCCGCGAGGUACGGUGUCUUGCAGAUGACAUGUCUCACAGUGAUAAGUGCGAUCAGGAAUUAAAGCCAGAAGACACGGAGUCCUGCAAUACCCAAGACUGCAUGCCAGAAAUAGAUGAAAACUGCAAAGACAAAUACUACAACUGCAACGUGGUGGUACAGGCCAGACUGUGUGUUUAUGCUUAUUACAAGACGGCUUGUUGUGCAUCCUGCCUACGGGCAGCCAGCAGACAGUCAGGAUUUUUGGGGAGAAGAUAACAGCUACUGAAACGUGCACUCCAACCCACUUAGACAACAGAGAAUGACUGCUCUCUACCUGCCACUGCCUUUAUGGACAGCUACUCCUCAUUCUAAUUCCAUUAACCCAUUCUAAUUUCAUGGACCGUGGUCUCCAUUAGAAUCAUCACAACUUGUAUAGGAACAUUCUGACUUUUUUUUAUAAUUAUUAUUAUUAUUAUUAUAUGCGCUGUGAUUUUUGUUUUUUAGAACACUAUUUGAAUUUAGACAUUGUGCACACUGUUGAAACAACACCCCAAGAGGCAAACAUUAACAGUUUACAAACUGAGAAGUCUCUGAAGAGCUAAAUAAACACACAGAGCUGCCAUUAUUCCACUGCCCAAGUCAGUUACACUAACUCAUGAAUAAUAUCUAGAGAUGUUGCUGUUUGGAUACAAGGGAUAUAUUACGAUUUGUAAAUAAUAAUGGUACUUUUACAAGUGUUAAAAGCCCCUGUUGAUUUCUCCCCUUUGGCAUUGAAGGGACUGGUAUUAUUUGCAGCUCCAUAAACAUGACUUCCCAAGCUACUUGAUGUAGGCUAAUGUCACACCUGCCACUCUCUCCACUGGUGCAGAGAACGCAAUACCACUUGACUUUGCCCCACGGGUGAAUUAUGGCUUGAAAAUCCCCACAUGGAUAUUAACAGACUG